AUCGCAGGCCGUCCCGUAGCGCCGCCCCUCUCGCGCCAGCUGAGAUCGGAACAGUCAUCCCAGUUCUUUCACAAAAGUUGACACAUUUUCUCGAAAAUGGCUCAAAAUUCCCUCAAUUACGCCAAAUUCUCAGUGUUCGUGUGAUUCCCCCAUCGCCAGUGCCCCUCAUUUGGCCGUCAUCAGACGCAAGAAGGAUGCCUGAAGCCCCCGACUCGGUACCUUCCGUGUCAAGCAAUUGUUAUUGAUAAGGAAUCCUUAUCAGCUGUCAGAGAAAUAUUCUUUCAAUAUGUUACUGUCCGCCGAGACGUACUCCUGAUAAACCGCGAAAAUGAGUGCUUCGGAGGUGUUGGUGAGGGUGUUUUGCGUGAGUGUUUUGGUGGGGUUUUGUGCACAAUGCCGACCGGAGGAGAACAGCCCCAUGACGCGGGCGGAGCGCCACCGACUCAGGGAGGAGACCCGGGAUAUGUUCUAUCACGCGUACAGGGCCUACAUGGAGAACGCGUAUCCGGCCGACGAGCUCAUGCCCCUCAGCUGCAAGGGCAGGUACAGGGGGCUCACGCCCAACAGGGGCGAUAUCGACGACUGUCUCGGCAAUUUCUCACUUACACUAAUUGAUACUCUGGACUCUUUAGUGGUGUUAGGUGAUUUAGAAGAAUUCGAACAUGCCGUUAAACUUGUAAUAAAAGACGUUUCGUUCGAUAACGAUGUCGUCGUGUCAGUCUUCGAGACCAACAUUCGUGUUUUAGGUGGACUUUUAUCCGCUCAUAUUUUGGCCGAUUAUUUGCAACAAAGAGAUGGAAUAAUGGCGUGGUAUAAGGGCGAACUCCUCAACAUGGCCAAAGACGUCGGCUAUCGACUUUUACCGGCUUUCAACACCACCACAGGAAUACCACAUUCGAGGGUGAAUAUGAAAUAUGGUUUGAAAAGCGACCGAUUGGAGUCUGCACGAGAGACUUGUACGGCGUGUGCUGGAUCUAUGAUACUAGAGAUGGCAGCACUGUCACGAUUAACAGGCGAACCAAUUUUCGAAGAGAAAGCACACAAAGCGAUGGAUGAGUUGUGGAAGAUGAGACAUCGAAGUUCAGAUUUGAUGGGAACUGUUUUGAAUGUCCAUUCCGGGGAUUGGGUUAGGAGGGAUUCGGGAGUGGGGGCUGGGAUUGAUUCCUAUUAUGAGUACUGUCUCAAAGCCUAUAUUUUGCUAGGGGACAACAAGUACUUGCACAGGUUUAAUAGGCACUACAAUGCUGUCAUGAAAUACAUCUCACAAGGUCCAAUGCUGUUGGACGUGCAUAUGCACCGCCCCCACACCAACUCGCGCAACUACAUGGACGCCCUCCUCGCCUUCUGGCCGGGACUCCAGGUGCUCAAAGGCGACCUAAAACCGGCUGUAGAAACCCAUGAAAUGCUCUACCAAGUGAUGCAACGUCACACCUUCAUUCCUGAAGCUUUCACCACCGACUUCCAGGUCCAUUGGGGGAAUCAUCCCCUCCGACCCGAAUUUUUAGAAUCCACAUACUUCCUAUACGGUGCCACAAACGAUCCUUAUUAUUUAGAAGUUGGCAGAACUGUAUUGAACAGUUUACAAAAGUACGCUCGAGUGCCUUGCGGUUAUGCCGCCGUUAACGAUGUUCGAACACGAAAACAGGAAGAUCGAAUGGAUUCUUUUGUAUUGUCCGAAACGUUGAAAUAUUUAUAUUUGUUGUUUGCGGAUAAAGAAGAUUUGAUUUUGAAUUUGGAUGAAUUUAUUUUUACAACGGAGGGUCAUUUAUUACCGUUGAGUUUGGCAGGUUAUAAUGGGAAUAAAACAGUGACUGAUUUGGAUGUGGAGGAAGGGGAAUUUGCAAGGAUUUGCCCCAAUACCUUGCAGUUGUUCCCCGAGACGGUGCGAAAGCCGUUACAAAAUAUGGUCGACGGGAUGUGUCCCAAGAGGAAUACGAAGAGACGUCUCACAGCCACCGAGUUUUCCGCCUCGAAUAUCAAUCAUUUGAAGAUGAUUAAAGACAUGGGGAUCAACAUAAUCGCGUUGAGUGAUGGACGCGUGCAGCUGCUCCACACAUUUUCAUCGGCCCGUUCAAGCGCUGAUGCCGAAGAGGGUCUUCUCUUCAUGCAGGAGAUGAUGGAGUUAUCCAAGUUGCAAACCCAACAAUUGGAUGCAUCCCCCCAAUCGGUUACGUUCACCAUCAAGGACCAAAUCCUUACAGUUCAGGCCUGUCCCUCCCAAUUCGGGAGGAACCUCCAAGGUGAGCAAAAGGUCACAGCUCGUACGAUGAUCAUCCACCCGUUCCGCGCCUGCUCUGAUCUCGUCCAGACCGAAGUGAUAAAAGGGAAAAUCGCCAUUAUGGAGCGUGGUGAUUGUAUGUUUGUCGAUAAGGCACGAAAAGUGCAAAAACAUGGCGCUGUGGGCGCCAUCAUCAUUGAUAAUACUCCAGGGAGUAGUGCUGCCACUUCGCCGAUGUUCUCCAUGUCGGGGGAUGGCACCGAUGAUGUGACCAUCCCCACGGUGUUUCUUUUUGCCCAGGAUGCGUCCAAAUUGUUGUUUGCGUUGUCGCGAGACCCCAGUAUUGAGGUCACCAUCGGCGAGUAUAAAAACGAAGGGGAGACUUGGGCACACAGCGAGGAGGAGAGUAUGUUUCAUAAGUUGAAAGUGUCUGUCCAGGAGUUUUUGAAUAAACACACCGGAAUUGCGUUUAGUAAAUCGGUCAAAGUUGGGAGUUUUAAAGCCAGUUUGGGGUCGGAUAAAAUCCGGAUAACGUACGAAGAGGGGGAGGAGGGGAAAGUCAGUGUGGGGGAUACAGUGACCACGCCUCAGUGGGUGCAAGUCAGGAAGGAUUUGCUCAAAUCGAUUAUGACCUCCGAGAGUAAGGAGUUGUAUGUCCCACUCAAUAUUUUGAGGAUUUAUUACCAGACUUUGAGUGAUGAUCCGAUGGAGGAUAAGAGGGUGCAAGAUACGGUCAAGCAGGCUGAAUGGUUGUUGAAUCAAUUGUCGAUUGAGUUGGCCAAUAAGGAUGCGCUGAUCAAACCGGAGGAGAAUGUCAAGGUGUUGUCGGUUUUAACUGAUUUUAGUCAGUUGGCUGGGAAGGACGAUUUUAGCGAUUUGGAGGAUAAGGAAACGUUGAAAGCGUUAAAUUCGAUUUUGGAGAGUGUAGCGAAAGAUGUCAAGUUUAAAAAGGAACAUUUGGGAGCUGUCAUGAAGAAAUUACAAGAAGCUGAUGACGAGUUGGUGGUCAGUGAUGUUAAACCCAAAGACAAAGACAGGGAUACUAGUGAAAUUAAUAAUAGUGAUAGUGAACAUAUUCAGACGAAAAUCAAUCAUGCCGUUGAUGAAUUAUGAUUGAGAUAUUUAUAAUUUUUUGUUGAUUUUUUGAUUGGUCUCAAUGAGCGGAGCAUUUCUCUCCUAUACAUCAUUACUUUAUAUCAAUUUGUUUUUGUAAAUACACUAUUUACAACGUGUACAUUGCAUCAUGUAAAUAUACUCUAUUUAUAAAGCUAAAUGUAUAAACAAAAUUGUGAGAAUAUUUUUAUAUUAUUAUAUAAAAUGUUGAACAUAAACCAAUAAAUUUUAUUACAAAA